AUGUCUUCUCGACGGAGUAGUAUCGUGUCAUUAGAAAUGCUCAAAUAUGAUGAAGAUUGUCCACCCAUUGAAAGUCUAUCGCAAGAAACGGUUACAUUCGUAUUAGCAAAAAAAACGCCGGCGGUUGAAAAUCCACAAGAAGCAGCUGAAAGUCUCUUUUCAAAACCAUUAAAUCACUUGAGACCUCGAAUUAAUCAUGAAAUUCUCGAACAUGAAAUAACACCAGAAGAAUUAGAUGCUGCUGCUCAAUAUGGACGAUUUAUGGAACGUCCAAGUGAUUUAUUUCUUAAAUUAUUUCAUAAUGUUCUAUGCACAUUAAGACGUGAUCCAUUAGCUGGUUGUGUCUCACCCAGUUUAAUUGGUACCACCGGUGUUAUACCAUUAAGUAUUAUUUCGACAAUACCCGACAUCUUACAACAUUAUUAUCAUUGUAUUAUAAAUGCAAAAAAAGAAAUUUUACUCGCGACAAAUUAUUGGGAAAAAGGCGAAAGUGUAAAUAUUAUUGGUAAAGCCUUAAGAGAUUUAAGUAAACGUGCUGGAAAUGACAAUCGUUAUAUUAUUGUCAAAUUAAUAAUAGAUCAUCCGACAAAAGAAAAUUUAAUACACAAUCAUAAUAUUCUACCGCCGAGUAAAUGGCCUGAUUACGAUAUUCCAUCGCCCGAAGAAAUGCCCAAUGUAUCUCUUGAAGUAAAUAAUUAUCAUCGAAUAAUACUGGGAACAUUUCAUACGAAAUUCAUGAUUGUAGAUCGUCGAAUGGUUUUAUUAAAUAGUAAUAAUAUACAAGAUCGACCGAAUCUUGAAAUGAUGUCACAUUUCGAAGGUGAUAUUGUCAAUUCAUUUUAUGAUACAUUUCUUAUAUCAUGGUGGAUACCAUUUAAACCACAUCUUGUUUGUUUAAACGAUGACGCAUCUGCGCAAAAUCAUUUUCAUUUUGGUAUGAAUAAUACCAAACUUGUAUCGAUUCAACGACCAUUACAACAAGCUAUUGCACGAGCACGUUUACUACUUAAAUGCCAUUUAGAAAAACAAGCGCCAGAUGUUUACCUCGACAAACAUGUUCUCGUGGAAGAGAAAAAAACGAAAAUGAACGGGCUAUCAACAAUCGCAAUAAAAGCACUUGGUCAACAUCGAAGAGUUCAUUCACCGAGUGUUCUUGUUAAAGCAACCAAUGAUCUAACUGGAGCUAUCGUUGGUGUUGAUAUGAAUCCUCGUCCAGAAACACCAAUGACCCAUCAUUUAAAUCAAGCGGCGAAAUCUGCUUAUGCAACAAGACCCGAUGAAAAUUUAUCCAGUACAGAAUUAGAAACUCUAGCUUAUGAUUUUACACCGUUUAUUUUUCAUCAAGCACAUGCACCAUUUCCAAUAGCUUUAGUCAAUCGUUCACCCUAUGGUAAACCUAUACAUGUUGAUACAGCUAAUCCACAAGAUGCUGCAUGGAUGGGUGCUUUUCGUUAUGCAAAAAAAUCAAUAUUUAUUCAAUCACCUACAUUAAAUGCAUCACCAGCUAUUGAUGGUAUUAUUGCUGCUUGUCGACGUGGUGUUAUUGUAACGAUAUGGCUUGGAUUAGGUUUUAAUGAUUCAGUUGAAGGUUUCGGAACAUUUCAAGGUGGAACAAACGAACAUGUGGUAAAGAAACUUUAUAAAAAACUACGAGAUGGUAAUGAUGGUGCAGUUACAUAUCUUCAAGUAUAUUGGUAUACUGGAAAAGAUCAAACACGUCCUCGUCAUUUUUCUCACAAACAACGAAAUUGUCAUAUUAAAUUUAUGUCUAUCGAUGAUCAAGUUGCUAUUAUGGGUAAUGGUAAUAUGGAUAGUCAAUCUUGGUUUCAUUCUCAAGAAGUGAAUGUUAUGAUUGAUUCAUCAGCGGUAGUCAAAGAAUGGAUGGAUGCUCUCUAUAAAAAUCAAUCAACACAUCGAUAUGGUAGAGUUACUUUCGAUUAG